AUGGUUACUUACGAAGCAGAGAAGGAUGUCAUCUCACCAUUGAAGACUGUUGAGGAGGAAAAGCCACCUGAGGUUAUUGAUCCAUUGGGAGAGUUGGUGAAGAACUUGUUCGACAUUUACCAAAGGCCUGUUGAGGUGUUAUGGGAUGGUGCUAAAUUUGGGAUCAAUAAUGUCAAAGAUGGCUUCUUCAUCACACACGCUGAUGCGAGCGAGAUAAUAUUAGGAGACAAGUGCUUAAACAUCUUCAUUCUACAGCUAUGGCUUAUGUUUAUUCAUGAUUGGAGUGCGAGCAUUGGUUAUGGAGCAUUGUAUGGGUUCCUUGAACCUCAGUGUAUCCACAAUGCAAACAAUAGACGUCAAGAGUGUGAAAAUUACAUUGGAAGGUGGUUGAAGGAAGCAGGAAAACAAAUUUACAUAGCACCUUAUUUAAAUCAGGCCCAUUGGCAGCUCCUUGUAUUGUGCCCAGGUGACAAUGUAGUGGUUUGGUUUUGUUCUUUGCGAAAGAGGCCGGAUGCUGCCAUCAAGGGUGCAGUAAACAGUGCAAUGAAAUCAGUCACCAAAACUGCAGAGGGAAAGCCACCUCAGCAUGGGCCUCAGUGGAUUGAAGCUAAGAGUCAUGUUCAAACAGGAAAUUACGAGUGUGGAUACUAUGUUAUGCAUUGGAUAUGGUGCAUCGUAACUGGUGGAUUGAAGGAUGACUGGAUUCACUGGUUUUCUGAUCGAUCAGCGGUAACAGAAGAGACCAUCACCACACUUUGGCAUAAAUGGGCGGCAUAUUUUAUCCAAAUGAAGAAAUGAGAACCAAGAACAAAUUAGAUAACUUAGGAACAAUUUUCGUUGAAGCCAGAUUUUUUUUCUCUGCUUUGAACAGUUGAAUUGUUUCAGUUAAUACUUUAGUUGUAUAUUGAAAUUAAUUUUCUGUCUGCAUGAACAAUUUCCUAUCCAGCCCUUCAUUGUGGGCGUGUGCCUUGAACAGCACAUUGUUUCAGUCCACAGCUGAGUUGUAUAUUCAAAUUAAUUUUGUCUUUGCUUUUUGUUUCACUUAAUAUUUGAUAACUAACUUUUUUGCUUGCACUUAAUUGUCUAUGAUAAUGUUGUCGUGUCAUUAACAUUAAAAGUUAGAAUUGCUGACUUUAAACCCAGCUAGGUAACUUCAAAUUAGGGUGGUGGUGACAAGGACUACAAGGAGGUACCCCCGCCUCCUUUGUUUGAACCUGCAGGGGGACACAUGAACCAAGCUGUGACCUUCAACAGAUCUUAUUGCAAGGUUUGGUCCAUACUUUUGUCAGCCUGUAAUUGCUGGAUUAGGGGAUGAAGACAAACCAUUCAUCUACACAAUGGAUUGUCUUGGGGCAAAGGAGCUUGCAAAAGAUUUUGUUGUUUCUGGGACUGCAUCUGAGUCUCUGUAUGGUGCUUGUGAGGCAAUGUUUAAGCCUGACAUGGUAGGUCCCAAAGACUAACUUUUUUUGUCUUAUAUAUAUUUGGUUUUGUGAAUCAACAUAGUCGUGUUUGUAUCAUACUUUUAAUAUGGAUAGUUUCUUGCAAUUGACCCAGAACACAA